AUGUCCUGGACCUCGAUCUCCCAUAAAGUCCUUUCCACACACCAAUUCGGAGCCCUGCCUCUCAGAUCCUCAGUAGACCUCACCACCUGCCUUACCCACGAUGUCGAACAUGCACUUAACUUAAACGGCUCGGCCUCGUUGCUCACUCUCGAUAUCAAAGGAGCCUUCGACGCUGUCCUCCCCGGACGCCUGAUCCGGAGGCUCCGGGAACAAGGCUGGGCCCCUAACCUCACCAAAUGGUUAUCCUCCUUCGUAACCCGAAGAACCAUCCAAGUCCGCCUAGAUGGAACCACAGGCCCCAAAACAAACAUUGAAUGCGGGCUCCCACAAGGCUCCCCUAUAUCACCCAUUCUCUUUAUGUUAUACAUCGCCCCUAUCUUCAAAAUGGGGAAGGACACAAUCAAAUUCGGCUACGCAGACGAUGUAGCUAUACUAGCAGCCUCGAACUCUCUGGAUGAUAAUGUCACCGAACUCAACGCUACCACACUGGAGAUCCUAACCUGGGGCGCCUCAGAAGGCAUCACCUUUGAUCCCGGCAAAUCAGAACUCAUCCACUUCUCAAAACGCAGGACUGAACAGAACCCAGAUACUACCCCUACAAUUACUAUGGGAGAUCUAACAAUCAAAGAACUUGCCAAUGGAAAGCCCUAUAUUAGAUGGCUCGGAAUCCUCUUCGAUAAAAAGUUAUCCUUCAAAUGGCAUACGAAAGAACUAGCUACAAAAGCUAUUGUAAUAGCCAGAGCUCUUAAAUCCCUGGGUAACUCUAUAAGAGGAGCCCCUCCCAGACUACUACGGCAAGCCGCUGAAGCAUGUGUCCUCAAACGUGCAUACUUUGGAGCAGAAACCUGGUGGACAGGUAGAACACAAUUCGGAAUAAACCACCCUACUAAGGUGGAGGGCCAUAUCAACCAGUUAAGUAAGGUUACCUUAGAGUGUGCCAGAGCAAUCCUGCCAGUAUGGAGGACAACCAACAUAGCAAUACUGCACCGUGAAUCAGGACUCCGCCCGCCUGAAAUUGAACUGGACGACCUAGCUCGCGCUUCAACAGUUAGAACCAGAAGACUGGACCCCUACCACCCUCUCGCCUGGAGAGCUAAAUGGAUCCAAGAGGACCCCGGCUCUUUCAAGACCCGUUUCGCCUGCCGUAUCCUAUCUCUUCCGCCCUCGGAACAGAUCGAUCCCCUAUCAGCCCCUAAAUGGCUAGAAUAUGAAUCAAGAGCAGAAAUAAUGAAGCGUAUUCACAGCCCCAAUGGCCGUACCAAACAGGAAGCAGCUACUGAAUUCAACGAUUUCUAUGACCUACUCCCUCGCGAAGAUAUCGUUAUCUUCUCUGACGGGUCUAAACUUGCAAACGGCAACACUGGUGGCGGUUUCGUAGGGUACCAAGACAACCACAAAUUCUGCGAAGGGAGCCUUCCACUAGGAAGAAUGAAGGAAGUAAGACUCCUCUCCAAAUCUACCGGAUCCUCCCAGGACACCUUCUCGGCUUUCCGCCAACUAGCCUCAACCUGGCACAAUGGCACAGUCCAUAUCCGAUGGGUCCCUGGUCAUAAAGAUGUAGCAGGAAACGAAGCGGCUGACAAAGCGGCCAAGGCAGGGGCAGCCCUCCCUCAACCCACAGGGGCCUACUCAUAUGCAGGACUCAGAAGAGUGACCAAAGGACUCAGGCAAAAAGCAAUGAAUCAGCUGUGGUCAACAGUGAUCCCAACAGCCUACAGAGACCUCGAGAUCUUUACCUCACCAAGGAACCCAAAAGAACUCUCUCUCCCUAGACCCUUCCUAGGUCGCCUAAUAGCUAUCCGCUCAGGCCAUGGAGACUUCGCAUCGUACCACGAACGUUUCCUACAUCAAGACGCACAACUGCUUUGCAGAUGUGGAGCCCGUAAAUCCCCAGUACACUUCUUCUUCUGCAGUAUCGCCAAAAGAAACCACCCCCGGCCUAAAGGGAAACCUGCCGAUAUUCUUCCGUUCCUCUGCGGUACCUACGAAGGUGCUGAGGUAUUAGCAAACUGGACGAAAGCGAACGGAUUCUAUACCAACAUAUGUCCCCUCCACCUCCCUCCCCCCCCAAUCUUAAAGGGCCCCAUUCACUCGCUGAAGGAUUAA